ACCACUCUAGCGCCUGUCUCUUUUUCUUUGUCGCAUAUUUUUGCCUCUCUCUUUAAUUCGAUUCUUUUCUCUACCAGAAUAAUUACAGACAAAUUUAAGCCAUGGCAAAACCAUGCAUAGCUCUGUUGGUCGUCAUCUCUGUAACUGUGACUAUUCCACGGACGACUCAAAGCUUCGAUGCAGAGAAUUGGGCCACGAGGCUCGAUGCCCGGAAGGAGACAGUCACCAACAUUCAGUUCUAUUUCCAUGACACAGUCAGUGGCAAAAGCCCAAGUGCCAUCAGGGUUGCUCAAGCUACUGCUACUGAGAAAUCUCCAACCCUUUUUGGUGCUUUGCUUAUGGCGGAUGACCCAUUGACUGAAACACCCGACCCGAAAUCCAAGCUUCUGGGUCGAGCUCAAGGACUUUAUGGGUCGGCUUGUCAGGAAGAGCUUGGAUUGAUUAUGGUGAUGAACUUUGGAUUCACAGAAGGUGUAUACAACGGUAGCUCAAUUAGCAUUCUCGGUAAGAACUCGGCUUUGAACCCUGUCCGUGAAAUGCCGAUCGUUGGUGGUACGGGGCUUUUCCGAUUUGCACGUGGCUUUGCUGUUGCACAAACUCAUUGGAAUGACAUUACCACCGGUGAUGCCAUUGUACGAUAUAAUGUCACUGUGGUUCAUUAAGUAAAGCUUAUACUAGUAGUUUUUCUUUUUUUUAUUUAUUUUUUAAAUGAGUUAUUAUAAAGCUUGAAGCUUAGUAGUUCACGUAGCUUUUUUUAUACACUGAUCAUACAUAUGGCCAUUUGGUUUGGCCUUACUAAAAUAAAUUAGAAUUAAUAAAUUAGGAUUGUCUCUAAUCCUUGUUUUA